GGCGACGGCGGCACCGCGUACCCACCGAGGGAAACGGAGAAAGAGAGGACGCGAAGCGAGGAACAGAGAGGCAGAUAUACCGCCGGUCAGUCUUCGGCGAGUCUUCGCCGGCUAGUGUGAAAUAUCGCGCCCAAGUGUUACGAGCCUACGGCCACGCGGCGCGGCUUCUCGCGACGUGACCUAUCCGCCGCCACCGCCGCCGCCGCUCUGCCGCCGACGGAGACGUCCGCUGCCGGACGACGACGACGACGACGCUUUUCCGUCCCCCUCCGCUCCCCACCGCGUCUCCGGUUUUCCUCGCGGGACGUCGCGAAUUCGGGAUCCGCGAAUCGAUCGACGGCGAAAGACAAUCCGGAUUUGCAAUCCCCCUUCCCUUGCCGUGAGAGUCCGCCUGAGGAGAAAAUACACCGCGUCGCACGUGUGGUUCCUGUUUGUUUCUCUCGUAUAUACAACAGUUUUUAUUGUAAUCUUCGAUCGGGAGAUUUCAGUUGACUUUUCGAUUUGAGAAUACGUCGGAGAGGGUGAAGGGAUCGAGGUGACGUAUUGGAGAACGCCGAAGAUGCAACCGGCGGGCGCACCGCGAACGCCGGGUUCUCCAACGCGUUCCACGUGCCACGAGCGCGAUCGGGAGCGCGAAAGGGAGCCGGAACGGGAACGCGAGCGAGAGCGCGGCGGAAGGCAGAAUCGGACGAGUCCCGUGGACGAACGAGAGGAUCGCGAAGAGCGGGGUUCGAUCGGGAGGCAGAGCCUCGGACCUCCUGCCGCGAUCUCGGGGAGCCAAGGAUUGCCGCUCUCUCUGUCGCUGGAAGACCGGGAGCUCUGGACCAGAUUCCAGUGCAUCACGAACGAGAUGAUCGUCACGAAAAAUGGAAGGAGGAUGUUUCCCGUAGUGAAGGUUAUUGCACGUGGCCUGGAACCGGCGGCCAUGUACACUCUGCUACUGGAAUUCGUGCAAGUCGAUCCCCACAGAUGGAAGUACGUCAACGGUGAAUGGGUACCAGGCGGGAAGGCGGAAGUUGCUCCGCCUAAUCCGAUUUACAUACAUCCGGAAAGUCCAAAUUUUGGAGCUCAUUGGAUGAAGGAGGCAGUGUCGUUCGCCAAGGUCAAAUUAACGAACAAGUCGAAUGGUAAUGGACAAAUCAUGCUAAACUCGUUACACAAAUACGAGCCGCGUGUUCAUUUGGUCCGAGUGGGUGCCGAAGAACAGAGAACGGUUCUCACGUAUCGUUUCCCCGAAACGCAAUUCAUCGCGGUGACAGCGUACCAGAACGAGGAAGUCACGAGCCUAAAGAUCAAAUAUAACCCAUUCGCCAAGGCGUUUCUCGACGCGAAGGAGAGGCCCGCCGAUUCACAGACUUAUCCGCAAUAUGCAGGUGCACUGUUUCUGCCGCAGCCUACAAUGGGAUACGAAUACAACACCGCAUCGGCGAUAGCUGCUGCGCAAAAUCAAGUAUCGGCUUGCGUUGGCAAUCACUUCUCUAAUUCGUGCACCGUCACUACGUCUGGGCACAGAAGCACCUGUAGAGCAGCGCCAUAUACCUUGAGGCACAAGUACGUCCAAGAUGAACAGCACGCGGACGCUUACGCGCCGAUGCCGCUCUUGCAUUCUACAGCUUAUGUCGCGGCCCCGGCAUGGUCGCCGCGGAGUCCGGAAUCGUUGCAGAAUCUCAAUUCCGCGUGCUUGCCGCCAACCGCGUCGCAAGAGUGGCCGACAUCGCCGUCGCCAUCGCCAACGUCGUCGCACGCGGUCCUUGGCAGAGCCGUGGUCGGUACCGCCUCCACCACGACCACCGUAACCGGUUGCACUUUGUACGUGCCGUCGAACUUACCCACCCAGGAGCAGCACGGCGGCCAUUGCACUGAUUCGUCUUGGAUACAUUCUAGUGCGCUGGAACAGCAGCAGCAGCAACAGCAGCAGCACCAGCAACAACAGCAAUCCUAUUUGAACUUGAAUCUCCACCUUCAUCAUCAGAUGUCCUCGUACGGUCCUGUCUCGCACGCAGGAUUGCACCACGCAGGCUUACAUCCGCAAAGUGCGGAAUCCGUUCCUCCGGCAGACGCGAACGAAUACGUUCACGAGUAUCAUCAUGCCUCGCCAGUGCAAUCAACUACCCCUGAUCAGCAUCGUCAUCAACAGCAGCAGCAGCAGCAGCAUCACUCCCAAGCGCAGAUGUUGCACCUGCAGGCAUUGCCGCAGACAGAAACGUCUUCGCCGGUCAGCGUAGAGUACGACAGUCCACCUAAAGAUCAUCCCCAUAUACAGAUGGGCUAUCCCGAGCAAACCGCAGACGCUUUGAACGAUGUGCAGGCAGACGACGAUAGACGAUAUCUGACUACGGUCGUCGACCGUCAUUCUCAUCAUCAUCAUCCACACCACCAUCACAACCAUCAUCGACAGGACUCGGAGAUCACUGGUGAGCAACCGAACGCUUGGACACCCUUGACACCACCCCCGGCACCGCAGACUACGGCCAUUUGACUCGAGUUUGUACACUGGAAAUUAUACACAAGCAUUACGUACACGCGACAAUGUCCGAGCUCACUAUCGUGUGUAAUAUCAUUGUCGCGAUGAAUAAUAACGUCACAACGAUAUCGAUUUGAUGAUACGUGGCAAAUAUAUAUUAAAUAAUUAAUCAAAAAAUUUUUAUCGUGCACAAUAGAUUUUAAAACGCCCAAUUUUAUCGAUCCGUCCUAUACAGUACUUCAAUUACUUUUAAUUAAUUGCAAAUAUUGAUAGCUAUGUAUGUAUGUCAGUAUAAGAAAAUAAAGUGCAGGUAACAUA